UAUAAACAUUCUGCCCUGGUGAGAAACUUUCAGAUUCUCAGAACACUUCUGUUUGCUGUGAACCAUGAUCUCCAGGACUACACUGAACCUGGUUCUCCUGGCCAUGUUGGCUGUGCUGGCUGAAUCCUCAUGGGGCAAUGGUAAAGGAAAUUCAUAUAAUUAUGACCUCUCCAAAAUGUCGGAUCUGAGGAAGUUGUACAACUCCAAAGUAUUCAAGGCAGAAAGGAUGACCAGACCUCUAGAGGGUUUGUCUUUUCAGCAUGGCAUAAUCAGCCACUCAGGAGUCAGAGCUACUCUUGAAGAUGGCACAAAAUGGCUGGUUCAUAAAGGGGACGGCUAUGGCAUCUCAUCUCAAACUGUUGUUGUGGAUGCCCGUCACAUGAGCACAAACUGGAAGAUUGUUGAGACGAAAAAUUUUGGUGGGAGCAAGACAGUGUCAGAUUUUGUGAAGGCUGGAGGAACGGACUACAAACUCAUCUUUGAUAACUGCCAUGAUGCAUCUGGCCGGAUGAUGAAAGAUUGAUAUGACAACUACUUUUCAAAUUUGCUGCACGUUUUAAAGAGAGUAUUAGUCUAAUACAUGGUGAAAUGUAACAUGUAUUGCAGUUAUGUUGCUUCAACAAGUGUCGCAUUUUGUUUCGUUUGCUUUUCAUAUAUUUUUCUUAAUUUUCAGGUGGUUUAUUUUAUAGCUUAUUUUGAAUGAAUACUUCACAGGCAUCCACUUUUCUUUAAAGUGCACUUUCAUGGGCUGUCAAACUUCUAAAUAUAUGAUUCACAUCAGAGAUGUAGCCUUGUGAGCAAGCAUUCUGUUUCAACAAUAAAUAAUAAAUAAAUGUU